UUUAACAAUAUUCCUUCAUCCAUCCAUCCACCUCUCGUGAUUUAUUACUCUCUCUCUGACCAGACAUUCUUUCUCUCUCUAAAACCUCCCUCCCCCUCUAAUGGCCGCCUGUCGCCGGAAACCUCCAAAAUAACCACCACCCACCACCUACUCAUCUCCCUUUCCUCAACUACAAACAAAAUCACAGUGCAUUUCUUCCAUGGCUCGUUUUGCCGUUUUACUCUUUUCACUUUUCCUUCUGAGCCACCGACUCACAUCCGAGCCGACUCAGGACAAGCAAGCACUCCUUUCAUUCAUCUCUCAAGUUCCUCACGCUUCUCGUAUCUCAUGGAACGCGUCGGAAUCCGCUUGCUCAUGGAUCGGCGUUACCUGUGACCCAACUAACUCCUCCGUCAUCUACCUCCGUCUACCUGGCGUCGACCUCGUUGGGAACAUACCACCGAAAACAAUUGGAAGUUUAUCUCAGCUCCGUGUUCUGUCACUCCACUCCAAUGGCCUCACAGGCGGCCUCCCUUCUGAUUUCUCCAAUCUCGCCUUCCUUCGCAGCGUUUACUUGCAGGAUAACAGGUUUUCCGGUGGGUUCCCCCCGAGUCUAUCCGAGUUGACUCGUUUAACCCGUUUGGAUCUCUCCCGUAACAACUUUUCCGGCUCGCUUCCGUUUAUCAUCAACAAUUUAACCGAACUCACUGGGCUUUUCUUAGAGGACAACGCUUUUUCCGGCCAACUUCCGAGUAUAAGCCCGGCAAGUUUAGUCGCUCUGAACCUCUCAAAUAAUAAUCUAAAUGGUUCGAUUCCUACGUCGUUGGCCUCGUUUCCGGUAUCUGCAUUCUCCGGGAACAUUAAUCUCUGCGGUGAUCCUUUACCCGCUUGCAAUAGCUCAUUCUUCCCUUCUCCGGCGCCAUCUCCGUCUUCGGAUGAACCACCGGCAUUACACAAAAAAUCAAAGAAGAAGCUCUCAACCGGGGCAAUUGUCGCUAUUGCAGUCGGAUCGGCGCUUGUUCUAGCUUUAUUGUUGCUAAUCCUACUUCUCUUUUUACGAAAAAAGAGAAAUCAGCGGAGCAAACAAUCUCCAAAACCUCCGUUACCUGCUUCAACAGCUGCUUCCAGAGGUGUUGCCGAAGCCGGGACUUCUUCAUCUAAAGACGACAUUACCGGCGCGUCGACGGAAGGUGAGAGAAACAAGUUAGUGUUCUUCGAUGGCGGGAUUUACAGUUUUGAUUUGGAAGAUCUGUUGAGAGCAUCAGCUGAGGUUUUGGGGAAAGGGAGUGUUGGGACGUCGUACAAGGCGGUGUUGGAGGAAGGAACGACGGUGGUUGUGAAGAGACUGAAAGAUGUGGUGGUGACAAAGAAGGAAUUCGAAUCACAAAUGGAGGUUUUGGGGAAGAUGAAGAACGAAAAUGUGGUUCCAUUGAGAGCUUUCUAUUUCUCAAAGGAUGAAAAAUUGCUUGUUUCUGAUUACAUGCCUGCUGGUAGCUUAUCUGCUCUUCUCCAUGGAAGUAGAGGAUCGGGGCGGACACCGCUAGAUUGGGACCACCGGAUGAGAAUCGCACUAAGUGCCGCCAGAGGGGUGGCAUACCUCCACGUCGCCGGAAAAGUCGUGCACGGCAACAUCAAAGCAUCAAACAUCCUCCUCCGGCAAGAAACUAACCGCGACGCGUCUGUUUCCGAUUUCGGUCUCAACACGCUGUUCGGGGGGUCAAGCUCCCCGAACACGCGUGUCACGGGGUAUCGAGCACCAGAGGUGCUCGAGACCCGAAAAGUCACAUUCAAAUCGGAUGUGUAUAGCUUCGGGGUACUCUUAUUGGAGCUUUUAACGGGAAAAGCUCCAAACCAAGCGUCAUUGGGUGAAGAAGGGAUAGAUUUGCCACGUUGGGUCCAAUCGGUGGUGCGUGAGGAAUGGACUGCUGAGGUUUUUGAUGUGGAAUUAAUGAGGUAUCAAAAUAUUGAAGAGGAAAUGGUUCAAUUGUUGCAAAUAGCAAUGGCAUGUGUAUCGACUGUGCCAGAUCAGCGACCCGCGAUGCAGGAGGUUGUUAGGAUGAUGGAGGAUAUGAAUCGCGGUGAAACGGAUGACGGGUUGAGACAGUCGUCUGAUGACCCGUCCAAAGGGUCGGAUGUGCAUACGCCGCCAACGGAGACCCGAAACUCGCCAAAUACUGUCACACCGUGAUCCCGGAUAAUUUGAAUGAAAAUAGAGUAGAGAUUUUUUUUUUUUUAAAUAUUUUUGUUUUUGGUGUUUUUAUGUUUAUUUUAAAUAUUUUGAAUUGAUUUUUAUGGGUCGGGUCAGGUCGGGUUGGGGU